AUGUCUGGUUACGACAGACACAUUACGAUUUUCUCGGACCAGGGCCGUCUCUAUCAAGUUGAAUAUGCCUUCAAAGCUAUCACCGCCGCAAAUAUCACCUCGAUAGGUCUAAGGGGGAAGAACUGUGCCGUGGUUUUGUCCCAGAAGAAAGUUGCCGACAAACUGAUCGACCCCUCGUCUGUCACGCAUAUCUUCAGACUUUCUCCUUCAGUUGGCUGUGUUAUGACCGGCUCUAUUGCCGAUGCUAGAGCCUACGUCGACCGUGCCCGUGGUGAGGCUGCGGAGUUCCGAUACAAAUACGGUUACGAAAUGCCAUGCGAUGUUCUUGCCAAACGUUUAGCCAACAUCAACCAGGUGUACACACAAAGAGCUUAUAUGCGCCCACUCGGCGUUGCAAUUACCUUGGUCUCUGUCGACUCGGAGAAUGGCCCGCAACUCUACAAAUGUGACCCUGCCGGUUACUUCGCUGGGUACAAGGCCACUUCUGCUGGUCCUAAACAGCAGGAGGCUCUCAACCACAUGGAGAAGAAGCUGAAGAACAAGGAUUACGCCGAAGGUAACUGGGAUGAGGUUGUCGAGCUGGGGAUCACUGCCUUGAGCAACGUGCUGAGCGUGGAUUUUAAGAAGCACGAAUUAGAGAUUGGCAUCGUCGGUGGCCCUCGAACAGACGGCAAGGAGGGCACAGAUCCCAACUUCCGGGCACUGACUGAGGAGGAGAUUGAUGAACGGCUGCAGGCUAUCAGCGAAAAGGAUUAA